CUACUUUAUCAACCGUUGCUAAGUUUUCACUAUAGAGUUUUUAUUUUGAAUCACGGAGUAUACAGGCCUUCGUCGUGCGUUCUCAUGGCCGACUUCCUUUCCACAUUGGAAGUCUCCUAAGUGGCAUCGUACAACGUUGAUUCGUAAUUUAACCACAACGUUAAAAUGUCGGGAGGAUUAGAUGCGUUGGCCCUCAAGGAGGAGGAUGUUACAAAAAUGUUAGCUGCCUGCACACAUCUUGGCAGUGAAAAUGUCAAUUUUCAAAUGGAACAAUACAUCUACAAGUGUCGUGUAGAUGGUGCCGGAGUGAGUGUAAUCAAUCUCCGUCGUACCUGGGAGAAGCUUCUCUUGGCAGCUCGAGCCAUUGUUGCAAUUGAACACCCCAGCGAAGUCUUUGUCAUCAGUUGCCGGCCUCAUGGCCAGCGAGCUGUGCUCAAAUUUGCGGCUCAUACCGGUGCAACCCCUAUCGCCGGUCGUUUCACUCCUGGAGCGUUCACCAAUCAGAUUCAGGCUGCUUUUCGCGAACCUCGUCUUCUGAUUGUAACUGAUCCGGCUUCCGACCACCAACCGAUCACCGAAGCGAGCUACGUCAACAUUCCAGUAAUUGCUUUCUGCAAUACUGACUCGCCGCUUCGUUUCGUCGACAUUGCGAUUCCGUGCAACACGAAGAGUCUUCACAGUAUUGGACUCAUGUGGUGGCUUCUCGCCCGAGAAGUUCUCCGUCUCCGUGGUACAAUCGCCCGUGAAACUAAGUGGGACGUCGUUGUUGAUCUCUUCUUCUACAGGGAUCCCGAAGAGGCUGAGAAAGAAGAACAAGCGGCAAAGGAAAUCGCUCCGCCACCAAAGGACUUCACCAGUGCCGCCGAGCCGACAACGGCCGUUGAAACCAACUGGGCAACCGAGGUUGAAACUGCUGGAGCACCCACGGCCGAAGUUGUUGCCGAGCAAAGCGCACCUUUGCUCGCGUCCAUGGAUCACUCAGGCAUGCCUCACACCGUUGUGCCACCCCACGAGGCCGAUUGGGCAUCGCAGGUACCGGAAGAAUGGUCAGCAACACCCGCAGCACCAGCAGCUCAGAGCUGGGGCGCACCGGCCAGCGACAAAUGGACGUAACUUAUUUUCUCCUUGAAGCCCACGCGACGCGCCACUUUGUACUAAUGUUGUAAUAAAGUGAACGACAGACAAAAAA